UUUUUGCCGAAAGGCACCCGUCAUUGCUGGACGUGCGUAACGGAGAACUGUGUGUGCAUUCUCGAUUAGUCAAGCGACUGCGAAUAGCCCGUGAUACGUGCGAGUCGCGAAGCGCAGUGAGAUAAUCCUUGACUCGGUCGCGCCGUGUCUAGAUAAUACUUCUACAUUAUCUGAUAGAUAAGCACUUUCGCGGCGAAGAUCUGCGUUGGACACAGAAUCUACGCCAAAAUGACGGAAUCGGAGAAUAUUUUCUUGUUCGUGCCCAAUAUAAUCGGUUUUGGCAGAGUAAUUUUGGCAUUGAUUUCCUUUUACUUCAUGCCUACUAAUUAUGUUAUUGCAUCAUGGUGUUAUGUGGUCAGCUCAUUGCUGGAUGCAAUAGAUGGCCAUGCAGCAAGGUAUUACAACCAAAGCACCAAAUUCGGUGCAAUCUUGGAUCAGCUAACAGAUAGGGUUGGCACAAUGUGUCUUAUGGUCACAUUAUGCUUAUUCUAUCCUGCUUAUACUUUCUGGUUUCAACUGAGCAUAGCUAUCGAUAUAGCUUGUCAUUGGAUAUAUUUACACACGACCCUUUUGCAAGGAAAGACCAGUCACAAAUUUAUCGACAUGUCUGAAAAUCCAAUCAUGAGACUGUAUUACACAAACCGCAUAGUACUAUUCCUCAUGUGUGCUGGUAACGAAGCAUUUUAUGCCGGUUUAUAUCUGUUGCAUUUUACCGAAGGACCCAUUUUGGCUGGUAUAGGUCUGUACAGAUUAAUUGUGUACCUGAGUGCUCCAGUAGCACUUGUUAAAGCCGCCAUUUCUGUACUACAUGGAUAUGUGUCAUGCAUCAAUCUCAGUAUUAUUGAUGUAAAAGAACGUCAAGAGCGGCUUAAAGCAAAUUGAAUUUCUUAAUAUACACAUGUUACAUACUA